UGAACUCGCCGGGCCCGUUCGGCUCGACUCGUCACUUCGCUCGUGCCGUGCGGCACCACCGACGGCGAAGGCGGCGGCGGCACUCCCUGCACCGCAGGGAGCGAAGGGGGAUCGACUGCUCCUGUUGAGCAGGCGGCGGGGGGGUAUCUCUGGCUCCUCUUGAGCACGCGGCGACUGGGGAUCGAGGGCUCCUGCCGGCGUCCGCGCGCAGGCGGCGACGGUGGUAGCUCACCGACGACCAUAUCGCUGAAUCCAAGGAAGCCUUCAGCCUCUUAGGCAAGAGUUGUAGAUUGCAUCCUAGACAUGGACUGCAACAGCGAUGAUCUUGAUAAACAAAAUGAAACAGCAGAAGCUCAAGUAUACGUUCCUCAGGAUGCCCAAGGGAUUGUCCUUGCUUUUCUACCUGGUAGGGUUGUAGUCAAGCUUCGCAGUGUAUGCAAGUUCUGGCGAGACUGCAUUGAAGAACCUAAUUUUGUGGACCGUCACCUCAACAAUGCUUGCCGCUUCCACCAGUCCAUUGCUUGUUUCACCGUGCUUGAUCAUGGCCUAGUCCACUUGUACACAUUUGAUCCUGCAACAAUGAAUUUCAGAAGCGUGGAACUUGUGUUCUCAAAUAGGUUUCAGAUGUCAGGCCCCUGCAAUGGCUUAGUGUGCGCGUAUGAUAUAAAAGGCAAUGCUGAGGUCUUGAAUCCCACAACAAGGAAGCAUUUGAGACUGCCAGAUUCCGUACUCAAGUCACGGUCUCUUUGCUCUGAAUAUUUUGUUGGAUUUGUGCACUCCACAAAACAGUACAAGGUGGUCUCUGUCCGUCACUGUGUGCAGUUCUUGGCAUUUGAAAUAUGCACUAUCGGUGUGCUGUCAUGGAGGACCAUACGUGAAUCUGCAGAGCUUCUAAAGGCAACGAAGGCAGUCAUUGUUAAUGGUAGCAUGUACUGGCUACUUCUUAACGAGGCAUCCUCCAGCUUUUCUCGAGAUAUCCUUAUGCUCAAUCUGACGGAUGAGACGUUCACAAAAAUUGCCAUCCCAGAUGCUGUAAGAAAACAUGAUUUGGAACUAUUUGAGGGGGAAGGAAAGCUUCUUUCAUUGUCAAAUCAUUGUGAUGGAUCAUCUGGCAAUAUAGUUUCUGAUAUUUGGGUGGUGGACUUGACUCAUCAAGAAGACUGGAUCCACUUGCAUACCGUUGCUCUUAGGAUACCUGUGGGCAUGAGCCCAUUUUUCCAGCUCAAGAGGAAGAUCUUCUUUGGCAACCAAAACAGACUCAUUUGCAUAGAUCUUCAGGAUUGUACAGUUUCGUACAUCAACAUGCCUUCUGGCGAGACUUUGAUAUCUUGUGGCAUGUUUGUGGAGAGUUUUGCACCUGCUGUGACUGGCUUGGUGAGCUCGACUGCGUCAUCAUAUGGAAACAGUUCUGGUGUCAAUGAACCAUCCUCAGCAGACCCUGGACCAUCUUUUCGAGGCGCUGGGUCAUCCUCUUCCUCGUUAGGCCGUGGUAAAUCUUGCGGUUUCACUGGAUGGUCCUCAGCUGACCUCGAGCGGUCCUUUAAGAGAACAAAGAGAACGAUGAACAUGGUGUGGAAGAUAUCGAAACACAGAGCAAUCUAGGAGCACCCGGCUCGGUCUCUCUCUGUGGACUGUACAUCAGCUGGUUCCUUUUGCCUCUUACAAGUUGCCAUCGUUUGUGUGUAAGGUGCGAUGCUGUAUUAGCGCACUGGUAUGGUACCGGUGGAAGUAAGAGGCCAUGGCAAUGGGACAGGGUAUACAAAAGAAACUGAAUAAACAGCAAGCUAGGAGCUGUUCAUCGCUGCAGUACUGGUGGAAAUAAGAAUCCAUGGCAAUGGGACAGAGUAUACAAGAGGAACUUAAUAAACAGCAAGUGACAUGGCUGUGACUGUAACCUAUAAGUUUUGGGUAAUGUUUACCCCUGCUUGUGGGGUUUGUACAGCUGAAUAAUGUUGAGAUUGUUGUUUUGCUUUGUACCUGUAAGCUGUAUCUGUAUGUAUGCAUUGGGAUUGUGAACAGACUGGAUCAGGACAAAUUGUUGCUUGUAUUGUUAUCAUUAUUAUAUA